AUUCAGGUAUACCAUAACAAAAUCGCAUUUCAAAAAGGACCUGUUGGCGUGAAUGUAUUGAUACAUAUAAAAUGAGAAUUUAUAAACGAUUAUUUAUGUUUUGGAUCUGCAUUUAUACAUGCCUGCUCACCGAAGGAGCAUCACAAACUCAUUUAAGAAGAACGUCAAGAACAACACAAAGGCCAACAACAACGGUCAAACCUGUGACAACACAUACAACACAAAACACCUCCCCAACAAGUACGAACGCCAUAUCGCUCAACACUACAACGUCACCGAAGCCUAAUCAAUCCACAACUUCUUUGUCGGCCAUUUACGGUCAAUCUACCGUUUCAAAACAACAGGCUAAUAAAGAUGGAGCUACGACUACGGCUGCAGCAGCAGGGGUCUCAGUUACAGUCGCAAUAGCUGUCUCUGCUGUUGUGUUUGUCCUAGUCCUCAGGAACAGCAGGAAAUUGUGUUUCGAACACACAAAGAGUCCAAAAUUGGAAAACAGAGACGCUAACCACCACAUAUCGUUAGCGAGGGUGAAAUCAAAACCAACCGCAUACUACCAAACCCCAGGACCUUCUGUGUCCAACCAAACGUACAUUGCUCUGCAAAACGCCAGAACUUGCACAAAUAACGCUGAUAAGUAUAAUCCCGUCGCAAACAUAGACGUUAGACAUCAAAAUAAGAAUAUCACACAGACAAACCACGACUCAGAGGCCCGUGCCUACUUUGUGUUUGAAAAUGACGGAUUUGAGCAGCAGAUAAGCGCUACCAAUGCCAUUCCAACAGAAGAACACGACUUUUUUGUUCUAGGAAAAAAGCAACCAAAUAUUGGCAACAGAAACGGUGUUUCAAAAAAGAAGUGCAUCCCUACUUUGUGCUGGAGAAAGAAGGUGAUCGGCCGUUUCAUGACAUGCCUCCACAAGAUGGAAAUGCUUACUUUGUAUCAGAGCAACAAACCAAUGGACACUCACCACCAAUAAGAACAGCACAUGCGCUUGAAUUGGAUUACGAUAAUGGAGAUAUGUAUCAAGAGAUAGAUUUGAAUGACAAUUCCGCGGGCAUUGAUGAUUCACGAGAAGAUAACAACGACUACGGUUACACUAACAAGGGAUUCAAUGACUCGCGAAAGGAAAACUCAGACAACAUUUACAACCAUAUUAAACCUGUUGGCGACGAGUAUGAUCAUGUGAGCCAAGGGCAACACAACGAUACGGCUAUGGGCAAUAAUUAUGACUUUACGUCUGGUGCCGUUAGAAAAUAGAUCUUUUCAUGCCAUUAUUCUUAUAUUUACUAAUCUUCUAAAUUAUUAAAGCUAACCGACAAACGCCUCUCUUCAUACCAUGUGUAUAAUAUAGUUCACACAUAAUAAUAUGUUAAAGGAUAUUAAACAUUAACUAACA